AGGUGACGGCGCUGUCUAGCUGUUUGUCGGGCGGAGGGGAACUUCACGGCGGCUACGGGUGUGGCUUUAAACGUGAUAAAUCUCAACGCGGGGCAAAGAAUGCGCAGCGGUAGUGCGAGCUAAAACACUCUGUAUAUUACAGAUAAAUAUCAUCUGAAAAGGGGUGAUAUUUACCCCCCACUAAACAGCAGACCUGAAGCGCGCACUGGGAACCAUGGGCUGUACGGUUAGUCAGGAAGAUAAAGCCGCGGCCGAGAGGUCUAAAAUGAUUGACAAGAACCUGAGAGAAGAUGGAGAGAAGGCGGCGAGAGAAGUGAAACUGCUGCUGCUCGGUGCUGGGGAGUCAGGGAAGAGCACCAUUGUGAAGCAGAUGAAGAUUAUUCACGAGGAUGGAUACUCAGAAGAUGAGUGUAAGCAGUACAGAGCAGUUGUCUACAGCAACACAAUCCAAUCCAUUAUGGCCAUCAUCAAAGCCAUGGGCAACCUCAAGAUUGAGUAUGAGGAGUCUGCUAGAGCGGAUGAUGCCCGCCAACUCUUUGCACUGUCAGCAGCAGCAGAGGAGCAAGGCAUCCUGCCAGAAGACCUGUCCAACGUCAUCCAGCGACUGUGGGGUGAUGGUGGUGUCCAGAGCUGCUUCACACGGGCCAGAGAGUACCAGCUCAACGAUUCCGCAGCCUACUACCUUAAUGAUCUGGAGAGGAUAGCCAAGUCAGACUACAUCCCCACACAGCAAGAUGUGCUGCGGACCCGAGUCAAGACCACAGGCAUCGUGGAGACACAUUUCACCUUCAAGGACCUGCACUUCAAGAUGUUUGAUGUCGGAGGCCAGCGGUCAGAAAGGAAGAAGUGGAUCCACUGCUUCGAAGGAGUCACAGCCAUCAUCUUCUGUGUAGCCAUGAGCGCCUAUGACCUGGUCCUGGCUGAGGAUGAGGAGAUGAACCGGAUGCAUGAGAGCAUGAAGCUGUUUGACUCCAUCUGCAACAACAAGUGGUUCACAGAGACGUCCAUCAUUCUGUUCCUCAACAAGAAGGACCUGUUUGAGGAGAAGAUCGCCCACAGCCCUCUCACCAUCUGCUUCCCUGAGUACACUGGCCCCAACAAGUACGAGGAGGCUCAGGCUUACAUCCAAACCAAAUUUGAGGAUCUGAACAAGAAGAAGGACACCAAGGAAAUCUACACCCACUUCACCUGCGCCACCGACACCAAGAACGUGCAGUUUGUGUUCGAUGCCGUCACUGACGUCAUCAUCAAGAACAACCUGAAGGACUGUGGCCUCUUCUAAUCUUCAAAAAACUAAAGUGUGAGAGUGAGUCAAGAUUACUUGAACAGUUCUGAUGACCAUAAAGACGAGGGAAUAUACACACAUCAUGAAUGACUGCACUGGCCAACCACGAUUUCUGCUUUGAUCUGCUUUUUAUAAAGACACCUGAGAGACUGAAAACCUCGAUGAGCCUUGCAGAUUUUCAACGAUUGCUGAUCCAGUUGCUCCUGUUGUUAACUCUUUGGGCUAUGACCACAAAAAUCAACAUUUAUUAUUGUAUUUUUGUUCUUUUAUUUUUCUUUAUUUUUAAUUACUAGAGGAGGUAAAGGAUAUCUUUUUUUAUAUAUAUAAAUGCAUUCAUUUUACUUUUAGAGAUUCUGAUGUGCAAAUUAUUAAACUUUUAAUCACAUGAAGCUUAUUUUUUAAGAGAUGAAGCACAGGCAUGGACACAAAAAAUGAUAAAAUGAUAAAAGGAAAGUGCUUUUUUCUAUAAUGUUUACAUCAUUUCAUCAUUCAUAACCAUACUAUAUAUUGUUCUGCAUGUCUCAACAUGGCAAAUAUUAGCUCUGUAUCCUGCACAAAUUAAUUAACAUUCCUACAAAAUAAAAAAAACUAUAAAAAAAAUUAAAACGAUUAUAAAAAAGAAAAAAAGAAAUGGCUUCACUUCCAGGGGAAAAUUGCGGCAAAAUUCUAACUGAUAUUUAAAGUAUGUGUGUACCUAACAUUCUAUCACUUUUUAUAGUACCAUUUCCAUGUCUGUUGCAGUAUGUUUGUGCCUUGACUUCUGUUUACAACCGAUUCCUAGAUAUGCUUUCAGUACAGUUUUAACUGUUGUGCGCUGAAAUCUUUCUUCCAUUUUUCUGCCUAGCACCUAUGAAUAUAUAGUGAUUAUCAAUGAGAGACGAAAAUCUAAUUCAGAAAAAAAAGGUUAGUGUUUUUGGUAAAUAUUAAAAUCCUUUAAAGUCCUAUAUGAUUUAAUUUAAAUAAAAGUAGACGUCACCUGA